CCCAUGGCUGCUUGUUGCCAAUUCAAAAAACAGUUUAGAAAUUCGUAGCCUCUCUCACCCUCUCCAAUGGCAAGAAGCACUGCGAAGCUUAAAUAGGAAGCUAGAGGAGCCAUGGCUAUGGCCUAACAGGAGGAGGAGGAGGAGGAGAAAUGAUGAAGCCAUUAUCACAACCCCAGCUCUAGCCCUCCCUUCACCUUCAAUCCAACUCCACCUCCACGAGAAUCCUAUCCAUUCCAUUGCCGUCGCACUCGCACCAAACAGCAGCUGCAGCGGAUUUGUUCUUUUCCCACUUAAAAAUUGGAUCUUUUUCUGGUGCUAAAAACCCUCUCUUUUCUGUCUACUUCGUGGUGGAUUUGGACCACGCGCACCACCGCAACCAAUCCCCCUUCCCCGACAAUCCCAAUCGGAAGCAAGCAUACAAGAGGGAGGAAGAAAUCGAUCCUGAAUUGGAGUUUUCACCACCAAGAACUCCACCAGGAGGAAUCCCCCAAUCAUUUCUUGGCCCACUCCACUCCACCACCCGAAGAAAUCGCAAGAAAUCCCCCUCCCCGAAUCGUGGUCGACCCUACGCCGCACCAGAUUAAGCAUCAUAGCGGAGGAUUAGAGCUAAGCUAAGGGGGAAAAAAGGUGGAAGCAAUGGCGGAGGUGGCGCUCUUCCGGGCCCCGACCAACCUCGCUUCAUCCGCAAGCCGCGCCUCCCCCUCCUCCUCCCUGCGUUAUUUAGCCAGCGCCGAUUGCGACGUGCUCCCAAGAAGCGGCGGCGGCAGCGCGGGAAGCCCUGCAGGAUCUACAGGAAGCGGAGGAGCCCAAGAACGGCGCGAGGAAGAGGAGGAAGGGGAGGAGGAGGAGGAGCGGUGGUCGUUCUUGGCGUUGCUGCUCGCGCUGCUGCGGAAGUCGCUGCUCGGGUGCAGGGCGGAGGGCGGUGACGGCGGCGGCGGCGGCGGCGGUGACGGCUGCGGGAUGGAGAUAGGGUGGCCGACCGACGUGCAGCACGUGGCACACGUCACCUUCGAUCGGUUCCAUGGAUUCCUGGGGCUCCCCGUCGAGUUCGAGCCCGAGGUGCCCCGCCGCGCUCCCAGCGCGAGUGCAAGUGUCUUUGGAGUUUCAACAGAAUCGAUGCAAUGCUCCUAUGAUUCCAGAGGAAACAGUGUUCCAACGAUUCUUUUGAUGAUGCAAAGACGCCUUUAUGAACAAGGCGGUCUUCGGGCAGAAGGUAUUUUCCGUAUAAACGCAGAGAAUAGCCAGGAAGAGCUUGUGAGAGACCAAUUAAAUGGUGGGAUCGUACCAGAUGGUAUUGAUGUCCACUGUUUGGCAGGUCUAAUCAAAGCCUGGUUUAGGGAACUGCCAAGUGGGGUGCUCGACUCAAUCCCACCUGAACAGGUGAUGCAAUGCCAGUCUGAAGAGGACUGUGCUCGUGUUGCCAAAUGCCUUCCACCAGCUGAAUCAGCCCUACUAGACUGGGCUGUUAAUUUGAUGGCCGAUGUUGUCCAAGAAGAACAAAUAAACAAGAUGAAUGCACGUAAUAUUGCCAUGGUUUUUGCACCAAAUAUGACACAGAUGGCAGAUCCUUUGACUGCACUGAUGUAUGCAGUUCAGGUGAUGAACUUUCUCAAGAUGCUAAUACAAAAGACCCUCAAGGAUAGAGAAGAGUCGGAUCUCGAUGAUCUGUCUCUUCCUCAGAAGGACCCGUCUGACGAAAAUGGACAUCAGACCACCGGCCUCUCGCUUGAUUCUCACCCUGAGGAAGGAUCCAGGCGUCCCUCUUUCGUCAGCGAGGAGCCCCUUCUGGACAGUCCAGUGCACAGCACUGAGGACAAGCCUGAUGAGGCCAAUUCUGCUGAAGGAAAGUUUGCGGCUUCCGCUUGCGCAGCAAAUGUAGCCCUAACGACCAUGGAGACAGAGGGCUCUACCAGUUGUUCCCAAUCUGUUCUGGCCGCUGCUGCUCCUCGCGCUGCUGCUAUGAACUUGUUUCAAGGCAAAGGGGGCCGUAGCCUUAAUAGUAGGAGGACUAGAAAGGGCAAGGUGCAGUUUGGAACGCGUGCUGCUCCACCAGCUGAGAAAUCAAAAGGUGCCAGCAUUGUGAGCAGGAUAAACUCCAAGGUUGAACGGAUCGAAGCAUGGCGAUGAAAUCAGAAAUUGCCGCAAAUUGUUGUUGUGUAGUAGAUGACUGACCCAAUGCUCCCUGUUUCCUGAAAAUAGGACCAAGAGCUGUGUGCUGGUUCAUUUUGCAUUUUUGAUGUGCUUACGAUUUCUUGUUGGACAAUGAUCCUGGCAUUUUUAGAUCCUUUUUCUGUUGUUGCUAACUUAUGUAUCUUGUUUACGAGUACUUCGGUUGUCUGAGUGAAUCAAACAAAUUGUUGCUUUUCCUUGUACAUAAAUGUCUCCAUGUCUAAAAUCUUAGCUUUCUGAAUUGUUCA